GCUUUGAUUGAAAUUCUUUAAGCUAAAAUAUUAAGUAAUGAAGUUUUUCCUGCACCGGAAGCUCCAAGAAUAGCUGUAACUUAUCCAGGAGGACAAAUUCCAGAUAUAUUAUUUAAUAUCAUUCUUCCUUGAGUUUAUCCAUUUUUAGGUUGAUUAACAAUGUAGUUCAGAUUCUUGAAGCUUAAAGUUAAUCCAUAUUUUUAUUCUGGUUGAGGUACCACUUAAGUUGGAUUCAUAAUUGUUAAUAAAAAUUACAAUUUUAGAAAGUCUUGAAUUCCGAUUUUGAAUAAGUUUGUUAGCUAAAAUUAGAUGAGACCCCG